UGAUGGGGAAACAUGAGACAGGGCGGUGAGUGUGGUGAGGGUGAGACAUUGGAGCAUGUAGCGUUAUAUUGUACUUUAUGUAGUAGAGAAAGGAAGAAAAUUAUUCGGUUUUCUGAACUCACAGAAGGUUAAGAUAGAGCCACAAGUGUUAUUGAGGCUAGAGCUGGGGGAUGUCAGGAGUAGAGCAAUUUUUGUUUUUGUGAGGAGACAGGAUUAAAGUGGGGAUAUAGUUUUUUUUUGUUUCUUUGUUUGUUUUUGUUACCCCAAAAAAUAGACAAUAUGUAGUAACGCCAUAGAAAAGCCUAGUUGGUGGCGGUAUUGCGCAACUUACACACCGCAAGCUGCCAUUAAACAAGAAGAAGAGGAAGAGGAAGAAAAAGAAGCAGCAGCAGCAGCAGCAGAAGAAGAAGAAGAAGAAGAAGCAGAAGCAGAAGCAGAAGCAGCCGCACGUCGUCAGAAUGGCGACAGAAUCUCAGUCCAAAUUACUCCGAAUUCAGAGCUGCAUUCGAGCUUUUACGGACUUUCCGACGAAAGGAAUCAUGUUCAGAGACAUCUGUCCUCUCCUGAAGGAUCCUGCUGCUCUGACAGCAGCGAUCGACCUGUUAGAGGAUUAUGUGAAGAAGAAUCACGAAGAGGUUGAUUUGCUUAUAGGCUUAGACGCCCGUGGCUUCCUGUUCGGGCCCCUCCUUGCACAGCGGCUCGGUGUUGGCUUCGUCCUGGUGAGAAAGAAGGGCAAACUGCCUGGACCCACAGUGUCUGUGGAGUAUGAACUGGAGUAUGGUAAGGCGGAGGCAGAGAUGCAGGAGGACGCAGUGGAAGCAGGACAAAAGGUUCUGCUUAUUGAUGAUCUUCUGGCUACUGGAGGAACCCUGUACGCGGCCUGUGAACUGAUGAAGAGGCAGCAGGCCCAGGUUUUAGCCUGCUUGGUUGUCAUUGAGCUUAAAGAGCUGAACGGUAAAGACAAGCUGAAGCCAUACCCUGUGUUCUCCUUGGUUAAGUACUGAGGACUGUCCAUGUCCGUCAGAACCAGAAGCAAUUGUAAAAGUGUGUAUGUGUGUGCGCGCGCAUCAAAAAUAAACUAGAGAGAUGCACAUGUAGCAUCCACACUCUACAUACAGUAUUGGACAGGAGGGGAUGUUAACUCUUUUGUUGAGUUUUGUUUGAUGUUAACCAACAACACACACAUGGUUCCUCAACUCUAGGCUUGACAUCAAGGACUAUAGAAAUGCUCUUAGUUUGACACUCAUUUAAAUCUUAACUGAAAUCCCCUGUUUUUAUCAGUAACCAGACUCCUAGACUGUUCCAUAACUCCUCUGCUCCCCUACCAAACCCCCUCCACCAACAACCAAAGGUAACAGUUGUAAAACUUAAAAUGCAGACUCAAUGAAGAGAGAGGAAAAACUUUCAUUUAGCCCCAAAGUUCUGAAUUGGACACACCAGAAUCUUCAGGUGUUGUGAAACUGAGACUAUUGUAUUCAGUGAACAAUAUGCUUCAAUAUAAUGUGGCUUUGAAUUAUGUAUGAAAAGUUUUCACAAAGUUACCAGUUUCCAAAUUCACCACAUUCCUUAUUGUCUUUCUUAUAAAGUUAAAAUAAAGUUGUGGUUUCUGUCUGUUAAUUCUGUAUGCCAUGCAUAUAUACUUACAGUGGUGUGAAAAAGUCUUUGCCCCCUUUCUGAUUUCUUAAUUUGUGUUUUAAUAUGUUUUUCACACUUUACAGUGUCCAAUAAUCAGGCAAAUUUAAUUAUUAGUCAAAGAUAACACUAGUAAAGACAACAUGCAGUUUUAAAUGAAAGGUUUCUUAUUAAGGGUAAAAAUAAAUCCUAAAUUACAUUGCCUCGUGUGAAAAAGUGUUUGCCCCCUAAACCUAAAAUGUAAUUGGGCCACCCUUAGCAGCAACAACUGCAAUCAAGCGUUCUAGAUAACUUACAAGGAGUCUGUUACAACACUGUGGGGGAAUUUUGGCCCACUCAUCUUUGCACAAUUUAUGUAAUUCAGCCACAUUGGAGGGUUUUGGAGCAUGAACCAACUUUUUAAGGUCAUGCCACAGCAUCUCAAUUGGAUUCAGGUCAGGACUUUGACUAGCCCACUCCAAGUUCAGCCAUUCAGAAGUGAACUUGCUGGUGUGCUUUGGAUCAUUGUCUUGCUGCAGAAUCCAAGUUUACUUCAGCUUGAGGUCAUAAACAGAUUCUCCUUCAGCACAUUUUGGUACACAGUAGAAUUCAUGGUUCCUUUUAUUACAGCAAGUCUUCCAGCAGCAAAACAGCCCCAGACCAUCGCACUACCACCGCCAUAUUUUACUGUUGGUAUUAUGUUCUUUUUCUGAAAUGCGAUGUUACUUUUAGGCCACACAUAAUAGGACACACACACCUUCAAAAAGUUCAAUUUUGUCUCGUCAGUCCAGAGAGUAUUUUCCCAAAAGUAUUGAGGAUCAUCAGAAAUUCUCUGACAAAACUGAGACAAUCCUUUAUGUUCUUUUUACUCAGCAGUGUUUUUUGUCUUGGAACUCUGCCAUGCAAAUUAUUUUCUCUUUCUUAUGGUGAAGUCAUGGCCUGCAGUUCUUUGGAUGUUGUAAAGGGGUCUUUUGUGACCUCCUUGAUGAGUUGUCGCUGUUCUCUUGGGGUAAUUUUGGUUGGCCCACCACUCCUGGGAAGGUUAUCCACUGUUCCAUGUUUUAGCCAUUUGUUGAUGGAGGCUCUCACUGUGGUUCGUUGCAGUCCCAAAGCUUUAGAAAUGGCUUUAUGACCUUUUUCAGACUGAUAAAUUUCAAUUAUUCAGCGUUCUUGUGUUUAUAGUGUUAUAAUUAAAGUUGGGAUUUAAGUAAUGUUAUAACUUUAGUGAAAUUAGUUUAGCCUUUUGUUCAUGUGUGUUUGUAAUGUGUUCUUGUUCUCUUUUGUGCUGCACCCUGAGGGAAGAGGCCACAGUGACACAUUGGAUGUGUGAAAAAUAAAUCGAGUUUGCACUCUACUAAGGGAGCACCCAAAAAAUACAAUCUCCUCUUGUUUCUCCACAUACACAGAGCUGUCUGGGGUUUUGCAGUGCAUCAGACAUAGAUAUUUACACUUAUAGAUAACAUAGCAAUUAGCUGCACUGUUACUCAAUUGGCAUAACUUGUCCUUAAAUAUUUCUUUUAUUUAGUGAAGACUUGAAUGUUGCAACAGUUCCAACCUAACCUAAGUUAGGGAAAUGUUAAUGUUUUAUUACAAAAUCUUGUGUCAAUCAUUGCAAGGGUAUCUCCUAUUUACACCAGUUUCUGUCAUGGUGCAUUACCCACAAGGCAUUGUGCUGUAAAUUUGCAUAUAUAUAUAUAUAUAUAUAUAUAUAUAUAUAUAAUUUGCUCAUUAGUAAUAUGAGCAUUAGGAGUUUGACUUCUUAGUCAAUCUGUUACUGAGCUCAAUUACUUAGCUAGGCAGGAAACUCCACAUUUCACCUCAAUGAGCUGUAGUGAAGCUACACACACUCUAGCUCACGCAAUACACACCAAUGGAAAGGCUGAGAAUUCAGCAAAAACCACCUUGUAUUUAAACUGCUGUAACUCAAAGUGUUAAAGAUAUUAAAAAGUGGAACAAUAGAUUAGUAGUUGAAUAGUUGAAGAUUGUUUGGAAGUUUAAAUAGUAUGUAGUAUAGUUGUCUGUAGCUUAAAGUAUGUUAAAGCUGAAAGUAGACAAAGCUGAAGAGGAUUUCAAAAUGGUUUUCCAUUCAUUUCAAUGGGAAGUUGAUAUUUUGAUUUGAUAUAAGUAUGAAAGAUAUGAAUGUGAAAAGUAAUAGCACCCCUCUCCUUAAAAAGCUGAACAUUUGGAUAGUUGAAUGGUCUCUGUAGCUGAAAUUAUGUGGGACUAGUUAGAUGCCGAAAAAUGUACGGAAUAAUAAACUAUAAAGACUAGAAAAGGCAUUUCCAUAGUAAUUUGCACAAUGAAUGCUUCCAUGUUGAAUGUUUUGCUGAAGAAUUGCUGAAAGUUGCUGAAACAUGUAAUGGAAAAAUUUUACUUUUAUGCUUCUUGUGUUCAUUUCUGACUGUAUAGCAACCAUGCAUUCUGUACUUGUAGAUUAGACUUAGAACUGAACAUUCUUAGACAAAAAAUCUAUCUCCCUCUCAAGGUUCUGUCACACAUUAACUGCUGAAAUCUAUUGUUGUGUUUGACUGACCGAUUGUUUAUGGUCUGUGUCUGCCUUUUACCCCUGGUCUCUGGCUCCUUUCUAUCCGAUCCCUCACCAGACCCAAGGCCGUAAACCUUGUGCAUUCUCUGUGUCCCUUCCCUUCUGAUAGCAUGGCACCCAGGAUGCAGGAGUGAAAAUGUAAACAUCUUCACCCACAGUGUGAUAAGGAGAUUUCACCAGGUCCCGGGAGAAGGGUUAAAAGGUAGAGACAACCUCAGAACGGGGUGAUCUCAGCAUUAUACCUUCGUGGUGUAUGUUCUGAUCUCCCCAGCUGGCUUUUUGAUUUGCUUUUCUCAUUAUUUUUUAUUUUCUUCAUUAUUUCAAUAAAUCACACAAAAUGACAA